GGAAAAUUAAGACUUCAGGAUCAGGCAGCUGGGUUUCCUCGAUUCAGUCAUCGCUGGCAGCAACACUGACUUCGACGACGGUCGCCGGAUCAGUGCGUGUUUUCAUUUUCUUGUAGAGCAGUUUAGCCACAUCCCAGCACCAUGUCGGAUGAUGAAGAGUAUUCCUCUGAAGAGGAGGUCGUCGAGGAGCAGCAGCACGAACCGGAACAGCAGGAACAGCCAGCAGCUAAGCCCGAGGGAGACGAUCCCGAGUUCAUCAAGCGCCAGGACCAGAAGCGUUCAGACUUGGAUGAACAGCUGAAAGAGUACAUCAACGAAUGGCGUAAACAGCGGGCCAAAGAAGAAGAUGAACUCAAGAAGCUCAAGGACAAGCAGGCCAAGCGCAAGGUUUCCCGAGCUGAAGAGGAGCAGCGUAUGGCUCAACGCAAGAAGGAAGAGGAGGAGCGUCGCGUCCGCGAGAUUGAGGAGAAGAAACAGCGGGAAAUCGAAGAGAAGAGGCGACGUCUCGAGGAAGCCGAGAAGAAGCGCCAGGCCAUGUUGCAGGCCAUGAAGGACAAGGACAAGAAGGGACCGAACUUCACCAUCACCAAGAAGGACAGCGCUUUCGGUAUGUCCAAUGCCCAGAUGGAGCGUAACAAGACUAAGGAACAGCUGGAGGAAGAGAAGAAGAUCUCGCUUUCCUUCCGUAUCAAGCCGCUGGAAAUUGAUGGUUUGAGCGCCGAUACCCUGCGCGCCAAGGCCACCGAGCUGUGGGAAGCCAUCGUCAAACUGGAAACGGAGAAGUACGAUCUGGAAGAAAGGCAAAAGCGUCAGGACUACGAUUUGAAAGAGUUAAAGGAAAGACAAAAGCAACAGCUCAGACACAAAGCCCUCAAGAAGGGUCUGGACCCAGAAGCCCUGACUGGCAAAUACCCGCCCAAGAUCCAAGUCGCCUCCAAAUACGAACGUCGUGUUGAUACCCGCUCCUACGAUGAUAAGAAGAAGCUGUUCGAAGGUGGCUUUGACACUCUGAACAAAGAAGUCCUCGAGAAGCAAUGGUCCGAGCGGAAGGAACAGUAUGUUGGCCGCCAGAAAUCCAAACUGCCCAAAUGGUUCGGUGAGCGACCUGGUAAGAAGGCUGGCGAUCCAGAGACCCCCGAAGGCGAGGACGAGGUCAAGCCUGAAGACGAGGAAAUUGAAGUCGAGGAAGAGGUCGUCGAAGAAGUCGUUGAGGAAGAGGAGGAGGAAGAGGAAGAAGAGGAGGAAGAGGAGGAGGAGGAAGAAGAGGAGGAAGAGGAGGAGGAAGAAGAGGAGGAAGAAUAAGUUUUCUAACGUCAACGGUUUCCUUUUAGAACUAUUGAUUAAGUCGGAAGCAUUAUUUUUCUACUACCAUUUCCAUACUAUUCCUCCAGUCGGCAGCAAAAGCAAUUCGUGAUGAUGAUGACGAUAAGCGGGAGCGCUAAAUAGAAGUAUACCAGCAGCAACAGCGUUUUCAGUCAUGAUUGGAUUCAUCUCGAUUACCAUCUUUCAUGAAUUAUAUCAUUUAACAAUUAUAUUAUUAUUUAAAAUCUCAUUACAAAACAAAUAAAAUUAUUUAUUAUAAACAAUAUUUUCUGGAUUCAAA